UAAGCAUCCAAGUAUGAUCAGGAAGGAUAAUUCUAUUUUAAGGAAGUGUAGUCAUGUUUGGCAUAAAUUAGCAGGGAAAUAAUAAUAUAUUUAACCUAUAAAAGAAACUUUUUUGAUCUGUUUGAAUAAAGAUACAAUGCUUUCUAGAGCCCUUGUAGUAUCACUCUUCAUUUUCGUCUUUGUAGAAAGAAUUCAGUGUGGCAGAAAACAAGAUGGUAGAUACUGCUUAGAAAAUGAAAUCUUUGACAAGAAGUCGAAUUCAUGUACAGGAUGCCCUCCUGGGUACAUUGGAAUCAACUGUAAGAAGUCUUGUCCUGCAGGGCAUUACGGAAAUGGAUGUCAGUCCCUCUGUCCACAAGCUUGCCGAAAAACAUGUGUUUUUACAACAGGAAAAUGCAAGCAACCAGGAAAUCGAAGUAAGAAUCAUGUUGGUUAA